GCACCGCAGAAAAGCCCUAACCUCUCUCUCGACCUCCAGCGACGCUCCACGUGAAAAAGCCCUAGCCGUUCUCGACCUCCAGCGUCGCUGCCCUCCUCCCUCCCGCUGCCUCCCUCCCGUGGCCUCCAGCGACAUCUUGUAGCCUACUCCUCCAACGUUGUCUCCUUCCAGCGACAUCCUGCGCCCUCCCUCCAACGUCAUCGCCCUCCAGCGACCUCCCUGCUGCGUCGCCAACCUCCAGGGGCCUCCAACGACUCCCCUGCUGCGUCGCCGACGUCCUCGGUGACCUCCCUCCCGCGUCUUCCCGAAUGCGACCUCCCUCCCACGAGCUCUGCGACCUCCGGAGGCCUCCCUCCCUUUCACCGUGUACUCAUAAUGGAGAAGUUGCCCCACUUGUGGCAAAAGGCGAAAUUGCUCGCCCCCAACAUCCCCGCCGCACCCGACCCAAAGUCAUCACGAGGGAGGUAAAUCACAGCAUCCUGAGCGAGCAUGUGGCAGGUGGGUGUCCAAGUGGGCACACUUUGUGCUUUUCCUACAAAAACAAAGUAAACAAGUGCCCAAUCUGCCGAAAGGAAAUUGGCAAAAUCCGUUGUUUAGCACUGGGAAAACUUGCUGCUUCACUCCAUUUACCUUGUUCAUACCAUCAUCUUGGUUGCACAGAAAUGAUGCCCUAUUACAGCAAGUUGCAGCACAAAACACAUUGUGUUUACUAGCCUUAUGCAUGCCCUCAUCCUGGUUCAGAUUGUCCCUUCACCGGAGACAUUCAUGAACUUAUGUCACAUCUUAAACAAUGCCACAAAUUGGAUCUUCAAGCAGGGAGCACUUUCAAUCACCGAUAUGUGAAACAGGAUCCUCAUUCUGUUGACAAUUGCUCAUGGACUCUAACUGUAAGCAAAGCCUUUCCUGGGACAUACUGCAUUUUUUCUGCAGUUACUUAGAAAGUUACUUGUUAAUACACAUGGAUUAUUUCUUGUCCUUUUGACACAUUUUGAUUGUUAUCUCUUUUCCCAUCUAUUCAACUGCUUCGACUGCUACUUCUGCCUUCAUUCCGAAGCGUUUGUGAUCGGUUGUGAGCCAGUUUAUAUGACCUUCGUCUGUUUCAUGGGUGAAGAGUCUGAGGCAAGGAAGUUCACUAUUGCCUUGAAAUUGGAGGCCAUGGGCGCAACAUGAAAUGGCAAGGUGUACCUCAAAGCAUCAGGACUCACCACAGGAUGGUGCGAGACAGCUACGAUGGGCUCAUAGCCCUGAACUUUGCUUCUCAAAAAUCAGAUGUUUUUGCUCUCGAGCAGAUUUUGCUACUGGAAGCCUCAAUGGCACUCUAAUUCCAGACAUUUCAUCGCUACUGCUUGGAUAUAUUACUCAGUAAAUCUUGAAACUCAUAGGAGACAGGCACAAACCCCAAACCCAUAAAAAUAGGAUGGUUUUGCUAUCUCGCAGAUUUUGCUCCUGGAAGCCUCAAUGGCACUGUUAUUCCAGAUCUCAAAUCACUGUAUAUCUAAUCGGUAAAAAGCAACUGAACAAUGGUGUAUAUGUGCAUUUUGUUAUUAAGUAUAUUCGAAAACUGCUCGAUAUGUUUCUUGUU